AUGGCAGAGCGACUGUCCCCAGGAAAGACGGCAGACCGGGUGUGCCCCUUCCACUUCAAAAAGCCUGGACGGAAAGCGGCCGCGGGCCGCAGACAGCGCGCGGCCUGCGACCCGGAACCCGGAGACGGCAGCGGCAGCAGCGACGAGGGCAGCUCUGUGGUGCGACCCGAGAGGAGGCGGCCGACCCGCGACCCGAUGACCCAGGAGACCCGCGGCAGGGGCAGACCGAAGGCGGCUCUCGGCGACCUGAGCAGCGGGGAGGACGAGCGGGGGAAGCGCGAGCCCGAGAGCCUCGGCCUGGCCUACAGGUCCACGCGCUCCGCGGAGCCCGCGGGGCCGCAGGACAUGGGCGCCACGGCUGCCUACGAGCUAGACACCGACAAGGAGCGCGACGCGCGGGCCAUCUUCGAGCGCAGCCGGAGGAUCCGGGAGGAGCUGCGGGGCAAGGACGACGACAAGAUCUAUCGGGGCAUCAAUAAUUAUCAGCAAUACGCGAAGUCCCAGGGUGCGUGUGUGGGCGGCGCCUCCUGCGGGAUGGGGAGGAAGGGUCCCCUCCGAGCGCCCGAGCACCUCCGUGCCACCGUGCGCUGGGAUUACCAGCCCGACAUCUGUAAGGACUACAAGGAGACUGGCUUCUGCGGCUUCGGAGACAGCUGCAAAUUCCUCCAUGACCGUUCAGACUACAAGCACGGGUGGCAGAUCGAACGUGAGCUUCAGGAGGGUCGCUAUGGUGUCUGCAAGGAUGAAAACUACGAAGUGGGCAGCGAUGACGAGGAAAUACCAUUCAAGUGUUUCAUCUGUCGCCAGACCUUCCGAAACCCAGUUGUCACCAAGUGCAGGCAUUAUUUCUGUGAGAGCUGCGCCCUGCAGCAUUUCCGCACCACCCCGCGCUGCUAUGUCUGUGACCAGCAGACCAACGGCGUCUUCAAUCCAGCAAAACAACUGAUUGCUAAACUAAAGAAGCAUCGAGCUGCAGCAGAGGGUGGUGCUUCCGAUUCCCAUUACUUGGGUUUCCCAUAA